AUGUGCGGCAGGUUCCUGAGGCAGCUGUUGGCCGAGGAGAGCCGGCACUCCACCCCCGUGGGCCGGCUUCUGCUUCCUGUGCUCCUGGGAUUCCGCCUCCUGCUGCUGGCUGCCAACGGGACUGGGGUCUAUGGCGAUGAGCAGAGUGAAUUCGUGUGUAACACCCAGCAACCAGGUUGCAAGGCCGCCUGCUACGAUGCCUUCCACCCCCUCUCCCCGUUGCGCUUCUGGGCCUUCCAGGUCACCUUGGUGGCUGUGCCCAGUGUCCUCUACAUGGGUUUCACUCUGUAUCGCAUGAUUUGGCUUUGGGAAGACUCAGGAAAUGUGAAGAAGGAGGAGGAGACCCUGAUCCAAGAAGGGAACAACAGCAGAGAUGCCUCAGGGGCUGGAGGUCCCAGGUUGCUCUGGGCCUAUGUGGCACAUAUGGGUGUUCGACUGGUCCUUGAGGGGCUGGCCCUGGGGAGUCAGUAUUACCUGUACGGCUUCAAGAUGCCCAGUUCCUUUGCGUGUCGUAGAGAGCCUUGCCUUGGCAGUAUAACCUGCAAUUUAUCUCGCCCCUCUGAGAAGACCAUCUUCCUAAAGACCAUGUUUGGGGUCAGUGCACUCUGUCUCUCGUUCACCUUUGUGGAACUUGUAUUUCUAUCUCUGAGGGGACAGUGGAGGAGCUGGAAGCACAAAUCUUCUUGUUCUAACAGCUUCCUAACGUUAAAGGGCAUCAGAAGACACAAGGAACCAACUGAUAAUUUCACAGUGGUGGAAACAAAAGAGCAGGUAAAAGAAGCAGGUAAGACGUGUGCUGAUGACCGUCUUUUUUCCUUCUCUGUCAUGAUGAUCUGCUUCCAGGGUGGAUAUCUCACCUUCAGGGAAGGAUAA